AUCAAAUGUUUCGCAUGCGCAUCGACGAACCGAAUUAACAGUUCAAGGUAGGUACCUACAAAGACGCAGCGUCAUAAUUCGAGGUUGCAGACCAGCAGAAGGUCAGAAUACUUUGCAGGGUACCAAGUCAGAGAGAAGCAGUCAAAUUGGCCAAUUGCGAGUCUGAUUGGUGCCAACAAUCGCGUGUGCAUGGAACUGCUGCUUCAUUACAGCACCACCUACAGCGCAGAGCGGAAUCCCAUUAUUCGAUCUGUCGAGGGCGCGAUUGAAGAAGCAACAGAACAGCAAUGAGUCUGGGACAGGAGGGUAACAGCAAUCCGAGUUUGUCGGACAUGCCUGUCGCAGAGGGCAGCAACCCUGCCCUGCAGUCGACGAUGCUCGGUGCCUCUUCACCCGAACGGACCGCGCCGCCCGCAUCAGAUCCCGCCGCCACAGAUACGACCCCGGGGCCGGAGGCCGAUCCUUUUCCUCCGCAAAAAAGGCCGGGUCCCAAGGUUUGCGGCGUGUGCGGCACGCAGCCGGGCAAGUACAAGUGUCCCAGGUGCUCGAUGCCAUAUUGCUCUGUCGCGUGCAACAAGCAACACAAGGAGAAUCACCCGCCCGACCCUCCGAAACCCGAACGACCGUCUGCUCCAAACAAUGCCCAGCCACCCGACUCCGACUCCGCCGAUCCCUACAGUAUCCUGCUCGAGCACCGCGACACCUUUCAGCAUCUCUUCAAAAAAUAUUCUUCCCUCGCCGCGGAACUGACCCGCAUACAAGAGAUGACCUUGCCGCCCUCGGACGCUCCCGACCCGCCGGGCGGGAACGCGGCCAACAUGGGUCGGAAUAGACAGCAGCCAUGGAUCAAGGAUGGCGGCAACAUGGCGAGAAACAGACAGCAGCCGUGGACCAAAGACGUCGGGCUGCGGAGAGGUGUCGAAGCGCUGCGCAAGGCGAGGACGGACCCGAGCGACACGGGCGACGGGGUGCGCGAGUUCUGCGAGCUCGUCAAGCUCCUCCUGAAUAAGAGAACGGAGAGUAUCGACAAGGUCAGGGAGGAGGUGGUUGCGGAAGAGACGAAACAGAUUGAGCGAUUGCUGAGAGAGGAGGGUGGCCGAUAGCCGCCGGCGGGCCCUGGUAACCGUUUCUCCGGCCUUGCAAUAGCAAAAUUCAUAAGGUGGUGUGCUGCCGGGUGUCGACGUGCUCAUUGAAGGGGCGUUCGAUCAAGAGGAGAUGAAAGGGAAUAGAGGAACAAGGGAACCAAGAGGAUGUGGACUAUUCUUGAAGGAAUCGGAGGGGACUUAGAAGGGC